UUUGACACCAGUUGAAUAAGCGGACGCCAUGGAGGAGCCGUGGGACUUUGAGUUUCUAUCCCGCAUCGCUGACAGCUGCCUGUCGUUUCUCUCUGAGUUUGUAGACGACUGGCUCGCCAACGACAUGAGAGUGUCCAUAUUCAAAAUACUCCUCAGCUGGUUAAUUUUUAGUCUAAUCGCCAUUCACUUCGCGUGGAAAGUCUACGGAAAUACAGUGAACGAUAUGUAUUACAGACAAGGGACCGGACAGAACGGAGGCACACCGGAUACAGCUGCACACACGAGUGGAUGGGAAGGUAAAGCAGGGGAUGGUCCAAAGAUUCAUCGGGAUUAAUGGAAGCUUGAUCGCUGGACUUUACCCAAGUGAGGGCUGGACAAUUUGUAUGUCCCACAGAGACACGAAAUGCAGACCAGUUUGUUUGGGUUUUUCACAAUCACUUAGCCAUGCCAGUGGACGUCACUCUAACAGUGUUAGAGUGACGUCCACUAUUCAUACAAUGUUUAAUUUGGUCUCUUGAUACUGCUCACUGAGCAGGACCUUAUUGUGCAUAAAGAACUAAAAUGACGUGUUUAACUGGUCACUUGGUGAUACGUGAUCAAAACUGUACUUGAAUAGUGCAUGAAAGGAAAACAAAUAAUCAUUUUCCAAGUAAUGACACAGGAUCACAUGUAUAGUUUUUGUAAUAUAUAUACAUAUAUAAUACGACUGAUUUGAGUAUUGCGUUGACUUGUGUAUGUGAAUAUUUAUGAUCCAAAUAAUUUGCAGUGAACUGUGUGAGAUAUAUAUAUAUA